AGAAGAUUUGGCUGUAUAUACGUUACUACGUACAUAUAUUCUGGGAAUUCUGGGGAAGCGCUUGUGCUACAUAAGCAGUGGCAAUAAAUUUGAACUUGAGAUCAGUUCCGUUUUCGCAGUCGGCGAUAAUACAUUUCACAUACUAGCCGAAAUGAGUCCGCGCAUCUUAGGAAUUUUUCUGAUAACUUCGGUCCUGGAUCAGCUAUAUCUCGUUGACGGCACCAAUGGACUGCAGGAAUCGCCGUCGUCUGAUCUAAAUCUGGAAAGCACUAUUAGAGAAUUGAAUUUAAAGUUGGACUAUUGUAAAAUCCAAUUACAAAUCAAGGAUGAACAUAAUAAGGAAAAAAUUGAACAAAUGGAAACUAUUUACAAGUUGAAGAGUCAGUUAGCAGUCAAUGAGAUAUCAUGUGCCAAGGAAAAAGAAAUGGCUGCAGCUAUUAAUAAUCUAAACAUGAGGUUGGUUAAUGCUGAACAACAACUAAAAUUCAAAGAUGACCUCAUACAAGAAAAAGUGAAAGAAAUUCAGGAUUGUGAUCUCAUAAAAACGAAAGAUAAGCAAAUACUCGAACAAAGUGAAAAGGUUAACUUUAUGACAGUUACUAUAAGUAACCUGCAGAGUCAGCUGGCAAAAUCAAGAGAUGACGUUAAGGUUAAAAUAAAAGACAUUAAUGAUAGAACUGAGGAGGUGAAAAUAAGAGAUGACAUUAUAAAGUCAAAAGAAAAAGAAAUUAGUGAUAAGAGUGAACAACUUAAGAAUAUUGAGGGAAAAAUUACUGUUAAAGACAACGAACUGGAAAACCUGAGUGCACAAAUUUCGACCAAAGACAAUGAAAUCGAUAGCCUUAAUAAUCAGACGAAACAUGAUUUGGAAAAGAUAACUGAAAUGACCGAUGAACUGCACACGUGUCGUGAAUGGGAAAGUUGCCCGACCGGCCGUCCAGAUGGAGUCUACAAAAUAAAUAAGCCCGGAAUAGCUGUAUUUGAAGCUCCAUGCAAUUCGAAUGGCUGGAUGACCAUUCAAAGGCGUCAGGACGGAUCCGUGGACUUCAAUCUAAACUGGGUGAACUAUAAGAACGGGUUUGGAAACUUAACUGGAGAGCUGUUCAUCGGAUUGGAGAAGCUGCACCAGAUGACUAAGGAUAAGCCCCACGAACUGUACAUAAAGCUGAUGAAAUUUAAUGGAGAAUCUGCUUACGCUCACUAUGAUAAUUUUCAAAUCGGAAGCGAGCUGGAAUUCUAUAAGCUAAAAUCACUAGGAACAUGUUCUGGGACAACUGGCGAUUCUUUGAGAUACAGCGAAGGAUUGAAGUUCUCCACGAUUGAUAGCGACAAUGACGGAAUCUCUAGUAAUUGCGCUUUAUCACACUCUGGUGCCUGGUGGUAUAACAAUUGUAGCUAUAGUAGGCUUAAUGGAAAAUACCUAAGAGGAUCAACAGGUACGAUUAUUUGGCAUGGCUUCGGCGGUAACAAUAAUCUUGCUUUUACUCAAAUGAUGAUUAGGCCAAAAUCAGCUUUAUAAAAUUUUAUAAAAUUUCGAUAGUCACACUACCAAUUA